ACCGCACAGGCUCAGAGCCCAUAUGCCAGGAGGGGGUGACUACAUUGUGUCUAUUGUAUGUUUUUUCUUUCUCCCCCCCUUCCCCCCCCGGCAUUGUGUACAUUUCACGGGAGGUUUAAAUCGGGAGUGAAGAGCAUGGCAGAUGAGCAGGAGAUUAUGUGCAAACUCGAGAGCAUCAAGGAGAUCAGGAAUAAGACUUUGCAGAUGGAAAAAAUAAAGGCGCGGCUGAAAGCAGAGUUUGAAGCCCUGGAGUCUGAGGAGAGGCACCUGAAAGAAUACAAGCAGGAAAUGGACCUGCUGCUGCAAGAGAAGAUGGCUCACGUGGAGGAGCUGCGGCUGAUCCAUGCUGAUAUUAAUGUGAUGGAGAAUACUAUCAAGCAGUCUGAGAAUGACCUCAACAAGCUCCUGGAAUCUACUCGUCGCCUGCAUGAGGAGUACAAACCCCUGAAGGAGCACGUAGAUGCUUUGCGGAUGACUCUGGGAUUGCAGAGGCUGCCAGAUCUAUGUGAGGAGGAAGAGAAAUUGUCCCUUGACUACUUUGAAAAGCAGAAGGCGGAAUGGCAGACAGAACCACAGGAGCCUCCCAUCCCAGAGUCUCUGGCUGCAGCUGCAGCAGCUGCCCAGCAGCUGCAAGUGGCCAGGAAACAAGAUACCAGACAGACAGCAACUUUCAGACAACAGCCACCUCCAAUGAAGGCGUGUUUAUCGUGUCACCAACAAAUUCAUCGGAACGCACCCAUCUGUCCCCUCUGCAAAGCGAAGAGCCGCUCUCGGAAUCCCAAAAAGCCCAAGAGGAAACAGGAUGAAUGAAACCCAGAAGACUGACAAGCAAACACAUGACCCAUUCCAGUACCCUUCCAGCAGAACUGCAGAUGUGGCCAGACUUUACUGACGUGCAGCCUCAAGUAUGACUGACCCCUUGUUUUCUAUUUAAUGCAAUGUAAGCACAAUGUUCCUGUUCUGUCUCAAUUUCCUUCCAGUCCUUAGGAUUUGGUUUUAGGAAGUUAAGUAUUACUGGUGCUAUGGUUUUAACAUUUCAACCAUUCCAUCUUUUGGACUCCUAAACGAAGUAGAACUCUUAUGCAAGUAUCCAGUUGCAAGGCUAUUCCUAUUGGCCAGAUGUGAUUACCACAGAUGCUUUUAUGUUCUCUUUUUAAAUACAAAUGUUACUACAAGAUUGAGACUAUCCAAAGCGCUGAAAUAACUUGUUUUGUUUCACUAAAGAACAAGUUGUUCUCCAAGCUAGGAAGACUGCAUAGGUUUGGGCAUCCAGUAGAGCUCUUUUUGUACAGGAAAUGUUCAGGGGGAAAUAGAAAUAGGUUAUAAAGGAAAUCAGUGCAUUAAGAGCACAUGUCAGUUUUGAUUUAUUGGAAUUUGAUUGUACCAUUCCCUCCAACUUGACUUAAAAUGUGGAAGUGGGAUCAAGUUGCUGGCUGUGUAUGAAAUUCUAAGAAUGACGUAAUUUGUGAUGCUUUAACAUCUUAAUAUGGUAUUUUCAGUAGUCAGAAGACUGAUUGACUUAAGAACAAGGAUCAACUGAACUGUAUUAGUGGUCCUUCCAGGCUCUAUGGGCAACCAGCUCACUGUGGUUCCCUAGGAAACAUGUAUGAGAUAUGUACACAGACUGCAACAUCAGCCAUUCUCACAUCUUUUAUUCCUAGUUUCCACAGCAAAAAUCUCCCUUGGCAUACACACCCUCCACUGGAGCACAGGGAAGCUCAGUAACAUGCACCAGGAACAAUGUCAACUGCACGGCUUUGGUGCCGUUGUCCUCCCUCAACCAAAGCUUCUUACUUUUGUGUCUUUGAAUAGGGCAUUUUCAAGUAAGCUUUAUUUCAGCCCAGGUUUUUUUCUUGCUCAGUACAUGUGCCAAAAGAACCCUGACUAAAGGAUCCUCUAGACCACUCCCUGUAUCCAUGUCUUUCCUUUGUUUCACCUCAUAUAUCAUCAGUUCUUUCAAUGGGGAGGGUGGCAGUGACCCAGCUACAGAACCAGGGCUUAAAAUUCACUCAUUUCUAAUCCCAGUUUUGUCACCACCUUUGUUGUCCAAGUUGAUCUCAAGCAUUAAAUAUUCCUUUCACUGACUUUAGGAGGCAGGGACUGCCUGUUUACAUUCUUCCCUCUUUAGCCAGGCUUUCCUCUACUGUUAUGCUUGAAUGGUUAUAUUGAGGACUUUGCCUGAAGAACAGGGAAGCUGCAAGUUUCCGGUCAGAACUUUGCCAAAUCCAGAUCUCUACAAAUCCAGAUAAAUGAGUUUUACUGGGCAAAUCACAUAUGUUGCCAUUAAUUUCCUAACUACCACAAUACAUAUGAGUGUUUUAUUGAAUAUAGUCCUAUAAUUCUUGUCAAGAUCAGGUGGUGUUCUCCCAUUUUAAUGUUUCAUGUAUAGCCAAUAAACAUCUGUCAACAUUAGAGGCAGAAUAUGACCAUGUGCCCCUGAAAAUAUGAGAAGAGCAGAUUCUACUGCCUGAAUUACUGGAAUUCAGUCUCUGAGAUAGCAAGAAUGAAGGAUAGUCUGAUCCCAUGCUCUGAGUGGCAGCAGUGUGCUAACUAUCCUUAUACAUGUUUCCUAUGCAAAUCCUAGAUUCUACUUUUAAAUGUCAAAGCAGCCACAUGCUGUGUGCCCUGUUUCAAGCAAUUCCUGAUGAGCUUCAGGGAAAAUGCACACAGAGUUAAAGGACAGCAUACGGACUCACCCAAAGUGAAUGCAUGAGAGCAGCAUACUUCAAUAGUGGUACAUAAACUUUAUGGUAUUGACCACUUCAUUGUCAAGAAGUGGUGACAGUGGAGAAUGGAUGAGCAAUCUGCAGUGAAGUUGUGUAAAUAGAGAAUAGAUGUAUAGAGACUUGAACUUACAGUUCUGAAAUAGAUAGGGUUAGGUGCAGCUGCUCACUUCACUGUUACUUUGCCAGCUUCUUUCUUUCUUGAGAUCUCUAGAGCUCUGAACUGAAGGAUGCACCAUUUGCUACUUUAGUAUGGCAAUUUUGUAUUUUUACUUUUUUAAACUAAUCUCUUGUGCCCUCAUGUUUAACAAGGUUUGCUUUUUUUAAAA